GGGAGAUCCACACAUGCGCACGGUGCUUGGGGGAGGGGGAGAUGAGAGUGGAAGUGGCUGGCACGGCAGGGGAGGCAGGACUUGUAGACGAUGUUUUCUAUUUUUUGUUUCUGAUAGAUUGCCUAUAAACAAAGUGUUCAUGCCAAACAAUGAUCAAAUUAGUUAUAAAAUGAAGAAUACUCGGCCAAUAUAAAGUUGGAAGUAAAAUAUCCUCGUUUGUAUGACAGACUUGUACAAUAUCGGAAAAUGUGCCUAGUGACGAAGAAUAUGUGUAUUAAUUGCUAUUUUUGCUCAAGUAACAACUUGUGGAAAAGAUAUUAUGUGGGAAGCGUGGCAACCUGAAGACUGAGGGGCCGUGGCGAGGGCGGCGCUGCAGACGGUGAAGGACCGGCGAGGCAACGAUGAGCCAGCGCUCGGGCCCGAACGGAAGUUCCGGUGGAGGCGCGAGCGGAGGCCUCUUUGCCAGCCGCGCGCGCUCCCGGCCUUACGUGGCGCGCGCACGUCUACCGCCUGUCGAACGCGCCAAGAUGCGGCCUCCGCAGCAGCACCUGCAGCAGCAACAACACUACCAGCAGCACCACAAACAGCAACAACAUCAGCAGCCGCGAUGGCGGGCUGUGGAGGAAGAGGACGACGACGACGAAGAAGAAGAAGACGAGGAGGGGGAAGAUGAGAAGCAACGCGCACGCUUAGAACGCGUCCGACGAGUUGUCGACUACGCGCCCUCUACACGCUCGCUCGGCGCCGCCGCACGCUUCAGAGGCCAUGCUGAAGAAUAUGAUUUUGAACCACAAUUACGAGACACUGGUGCUAGUCCUUCAUUAUCUGCGAAAUCCUGCGAUAACAUUUUUACUCGCCACUGGGGAAGCUGUGCUCCACCACUUUGGCAAGAAAAUACUCGCAGUGAAGAAGCUUUAUAUGCUGGUCCUGUUGGUGCUGCUAAAAGCGGGCAUAAUUCUUUCCAGAAGAUGACAUCUGCACGCAGUAUGGGGCAUGUCAGCACUCGACACUAUUCUGGGGCCAAAGCACGUCUUGCUGCACUUCUGAAGAAACUAUCACCACGUGGCCUCCGAAGGUCACGUUCUCAACCUUCCACAGCUGGGGAUAAUAGUGGACCUGUUCAAUGCCCGUGGCUGCUUGUAGAGUUUUCUCCACAUGAUCUGGAUGGAGAAUCAGGAUGUCGAGACUCUGCAGGAUCAGAUUGCAGUUUUGAUCUUGCUGUCAGUGAAUCACAAAGACGUAAAGAAGAGCACAUGCAAAAAACACAGAGGAGGAGGAGGAGGAGGGAGGAAAAGGAGGAGGAGGAGGAGGAAGAGGAGGAGGAGGAGAAAGAGGAGGAGGAGGAGAAAGAGGAGGAGGAGGAGGAGAAAGAGGAGGAGGAGGAGAGGGAUCAGGAAGAGGAGGAGGAGAAGAAGGAGAUGGAUCAGGAGGAGGAGAUGGAAAAGAGGAGAGGAAGGAAAAAAGAGGAAGAGGAGGUUGAGGAGAAUGAAAUGGAAGAGGAAGAGGAGAUUGAGGAGAAUGAAAUGGAAGAGGAAGAGGAGGUUGAGGAGAAUGAAAUGGAAGCGGAGGAGGAGGUUGAGGAGAAUGAAAUGGAAGCAGAGGAGGAGGUUGAGGAGAAGGAAGCUGAAGCGGAGGAGGAGAACAGUGAGAGAAGUCUGAGUGGGACAUCUUCUCCAAUACUUGCUACUGCAUCAUUUCAACCUAAAGUUGGUACAUCAAAAAUACUUGUGGCAUCUCAUGGCAGCAACAUUGUUCAAUCAUUGGGUCCAGGUUCUUGGCCUACAAGUCCAAAAUCUGAUUCACCAAGUCGUUCUAACAACCAACCAGUAAGCCCCCUGAAACCAAAGUUGAUGCCUAAACCUGUCUUAGUACGAGGGUGAGUUGUUGAAAUGUGGUGAUUUUGCUUUUCACACUAUGGUAGUGUUUCUCAUUAUUGUGUAUGGAAGAGUUUCUCAAAUACAUUUAUUGAUUUCAACAGAUGAUAUUCAUUAAAUAAACUAAUUAUUUGGCUUACUAAUGUUUACAUUUCAGAUUGUAUCUUAAAUUUCUCUAUAAUUCAGCAAAUAUUAACAAAAUCACACAACGAUUUUCCAAAAAGUGCACUCUGCUCAAGAAUAACACUGCAGAAAAUUAAAUAUUUUAAUGAAAAUAGAUGUUAUAAAUUCUAUUAUAACAUAAUAUAGUAUUCAUACAAUAAAAAGCUUUUUACAUUGCAAUAUCAAAAAAUUACUGUUCAAUAAUGCAACAUAUGAAUAACAAAUAUUUAAUAUUGUUAAUGCCCUUAAAUAUUAAUAAUUUAAAAUGCCCCUUUCUUGGUUGUAUGACAUCAGCUGGGUUGUAAGAUGUGACACAUUGAGAAUGAGAAUUCAGACAGUAUGUAAAGUAUGAGAAUAGGGAGAAUAACACACAUAGUUACAUUUUUCUCUCAACUUAAAAACUGUUUCAUUGUUUUGGGAUCUUUUAUAAGUUCCUGAUAACUAAUAAAACCACAGACAUUUCUCACCUGGUCAGAAGAUGCAUAGUUUUCUUUCAAUAUCCGUGUACAUUGGAAAUUAGUAAUAUAGAUACCAGAGUAAAAAAUGCUAUUAAUAAUUAAUUACAAAUGUUUUGUAUUCCCUUUGUUCAUGUUCUAUUGCUCUGUCCAUAUUAUGACCACUAAAACACAUUCAAUUCUUGUUUCAGAAGAUUGGGCCUCCAAGUAGUUUGUUUUCCAUUUUGUAUUAUGUAACUUUAAGAACAGACAGUAAAUUAUGAAUGUUAGAGAUCAUUUAAUAGUAAUAAUACAUUUUAUUCUUCAAUUAUUUUGUUGUUGCUCAUAUUUCAAUGAAAAAUUAUAAUUUUAUGCAAUGAGUCACUAAAAAAUAUUUUUUAAAUUUUUUAUCUUCAGAACACAUGAUGG